AUGAGAAAGAUAAGGAAAUCUUCCGAUUUGAAUGAUAUUACACCCAAAAAGAAUUUGUCAUUUACGAAAUGGGGAGGAAAAAGUAGUGAUUAUAACAAAAAGGCGAAGGACACACUUGUCCCAAAAAAUUCUCCAUCAGUAAUUGAAAAGGACACCAGUUACGAUGGAUCACAAAAAACGAUUUUAUUAAACAAUGACUCUCUUAAUGGAGCCUACCCUGCAAGAGUUCAAAUCAGUCCAAUAAAACCGGAUGGCGAUAGCUGUCAAACAAACUUUGAACAACCUUUAACCGAAACCCCCUCAAAGAUGGAUCCAACAAAUGAGAGUCUUCGCAGAAGUCUUGAUAAUAAAGUCUCUGCAAAUCGAACCAAUUUAAAUAGAAGGCAGCAAAAGCCCAAUGAAAAAUCAGGAUUUGUUGAUAAUUUCGUUGCCAUGAUGCAUGAUUUAGAAGAAAUGAAUAUGUCUUACUUAAAGAAUGAUAUAGUCUCAAAACUGCUGUCAAAUUUGGCUCAAAAUUCAAACAUUAAAUCUUCAGAGCGCGUAUCAACACCUCUGUCUGACAAUCCGGAUUUAAACACCGACGGAGACCUCAAUAAUGAUACAGAAGGUCCGAAUAUUCUAAGCGAUUCAAAUGCGACUGAAGAAUUUUCCCGAAGUCCUGGAGAUUUUAAAUCGAAAAUCCAAAGUCCCCUUAUGAAGUAUAGUAGUAGAAAUGACAGAAGAUCUCUAAAUGAAAGAAUGCUUUCCGGUAUCAGAAAGGAACCUACAAUUUCAAACUCCGAAAUUAAUCGACCGCUCUCUCGAAGGGCUGUAUCUUCCGAUAGAAAGGACGUUCGGUCAUAUUUGAAUCGUUCCGACCCCCCAAAUGAUAAAGCAAGCAUUUACUGGUACUUUUGGGUCCCCGAAACGCAAGCCUUUUUGAUUAAUAACCCACAGGAUCGAAGAGUUGAAGCCCUGGUCAGAAGCAGUCGCUCGAAAAUAUACCUCCAUCGUGAUAAACGAGUGAAUGCCCAUGGUGAACAUCAACAGUUGGUUGCAAUCUACUCACCAGAAAAAUUCUACUUGCAGAAAUGCAAGAAUUUGAUUGACGAAAAAUUCCCAAUUUUUAAGAUUAACUGUGGAUCAGAGAAAGAACCUGGAAGCAUUGCCGAAUUUUAUUGA